AUGAAAACAACACAUUUACCCAGAACAAUUCCUUUACUUCCAGGACAUAUGUAUGAGGAUCUAUUAAAGGAAAACCAUCAUAAAAUAUAAUAGUUUACAUUAAUAAACAAUGUUACAUGUGAAAAAACAAAUUACAUAGAAGAAAAAAAUGAUCCUAAUUUAAUUGAUAAUUUAAGAAUGGGAACCCCUUUAAAUUUGACAUAUGGAAAAAAAAAGCAUGUAAUUAAUGAUUAUAUCCCAAGAAUAUAACCUCCUUGGUUAAAAUAUGAUAGAUAAGUACUUAGAUUUAAUUGCUAUUUUUAAGAGAGUGUAGUUGAAGAUCCUAAAGAAAAUUAUAGGAUAAGAAAAUGUACUAUGUAUUACUAUUUAUCUGAUGGAACAAUUCAUGUAAAUGAGCCUAGAAUUUAAAACUCAGGAAUUGUUUAAGGAAUUUUUAUUAAAAGAUAAAAAAUUCCAAAAGUAUUAAAUUCGACAGAUAAUUAUUAUACAUGGGAAGAUUUAAAUAUUGGAGUUAAUGUUAAUUUGUUUGAGAGAGUUUUCAGAAUUACAGAUUGUGAUUAAUUUACUUAAGAAUUUUAUAAUUAUAUGGGAGUUUAACUCAAUUAAAUAGAACCGGUUCCUGAAGAUAAUUUCUAAACAUAAAAAAGACUUAAAGAAGUUAAAAUCCCUCCUCCUGAUGUUAAAGAAUAUAAUGAAUAUAAUGAAGUUAAACUUGGAGGUGGACAUCCUAAUGGAGGUUUAUAAUAAUAUUUAGAAAAUGAUAGAAAAGUGUUAUCUUUUAAUGUCUUAUGGAAUGAUAAUACCCUUGAAGGAGGAAUCAACUAUUAUAUUUUGAAUUUUUAUUUGUCAGAUGAUUCUAUUGAAUUAAAAGAAAUUAGAAGACAUAAUAGUGGAAAAGAUUCAUUUCCUAUGUUUUUAAAUAAAAAAAAAAUGCCAAAAAUUCCUAUUUAGACUUAUUAUCCAGGUAUGACAUUAAAAAAAGAAGAAUUCUAUAAGCCAGAAGAUUUAUUAUGUGGACAAACAAUUUGCUUAUAUUCAAAAGAUGUUUUAAUUUUUGAUUGUGACGAAUAUACCAAGGAAUGGUAUUUAAGAAAUUUAAAUUACAACUAAAUUCCAAUAUCAUUAAAAAAAGAAGAAGUUAAGAAAUUUUAUUCCCCAGUUCCCCCAUAUACUGGCUAUGGAACCGAAGAAGAUUCACUUGGCAGUGUAUAUAGUCUACAACCGAAAGCACCAAGAAAAGACAUAAAUAAAAUAUAUACAUAAGAUUAAUAUAUAUUAAGAUACGAAGCAAGAUUAAUAUCACAAAACAAGGAUGAUAAUAUUAGAAAAUUCAUAAUAACUUUUUACAAUGGAGAUGAUACAUUAAUGGUUUAUGAAACGUCAGAAAAGAAUUCAGGAAUUUGGAGAGGUAAGUUUUUGGAAAGAAUGAGGCAUAAGAAUAAUAUUACAGGUAAGUUUUAUACAUAGUCUGAUUUCUAAAUUGGAGAAAUUAUUCAAUUGAAUGAAUUCAAAUUUUAACUUUUAAGUGCUGAUGAAUAUACACAUAAUUAUAUGAGAUCUAGACCUGAAAUAUUUAGAGAAGCGGAUAUUGAGCAUGUUAUUUUUAGACUUAAAAAUUUCGCAACCAAAUUUGGGUCUUAUAAUUAAUUUAUUGUUGAACUUAUAAAAAAUAUUGAUUAGUAAGGAAAAGGACUUAUUGAUUUUAAUGAUUUGGUCGUUGGAUUUAAAAAAUUAGGGUUCAAUCUUAGUUAUUAGGAAAUUUAUACACUCAUGAGAUACUUUACACUUUAGGAAGGAUGGAAACUUGAUGUUAGAUAAUUGUUUUAAGCUUUAGGUGGUAAGUGA